AUGAGCAACAGCGAGAAUGCUCGCUCGAUGACGCGGCCGUCUCUCAUUCGACCAGUAUCAAACCAUAAUUCUAGUGAAGUGUCCAAGUCGCGAUUGGUCCAGCCCAGAUAUAGCACGCGAUCAAGCAUCUCCGUCAAUGCCAACAAUCAAUGUACUGACAAAGAUGAACCCCCUUCGCCCACUAAGACCUCAAGUCGGUCAUCUGAAUCCACGAAGCCAGUAGCCGGAGUGGCUGCAGAGGGCACAAUGCCGACCCGGCUCCGUCCACGUUCAAUGUACCAAACAAGGAGCACCACAUCACAACGAGCAGAACAAAGUGCGAAGAGCAGUUCACAAUCGAUGCGACCACCACCACCACCACCACCACCAGUUAGCAAAAUCCCUGAAACACAAGCCGGCGGACUAGGCCGAGCCCAAUCCCUCCGCAGGCCAGCCGUUCCCUCUCAAUCCACUCGGCCUGCGGGAGCCGCCUCCCACUCUCGAACGCAGUCUGUGAAUGCUGCAGUAUUCACUCGCAGAGAAGCUGCAAAGACAGCGGCUACGCUGGAGCGACCCAAGUCUCUCGUUGGAGCAGCGAAUGCUGGUGUCAGAGCCAAUGGACCAUCGACUGAUACGGCGACUAGCGGUGGGAGCGUGCCUGGCCGACUUGGUGCACACCGACGUGCAGCAAGUACAAAAGCUAAACUCGAAACAUGGAGCAGCAGCUCAGAGUUGAAGCCAGCACCACGGCCUAAAGAGUCUGAUGCGACCCAAACAGGCCAUCGAGACGGUGCCCCCGAAGGACAGAAGAAAACCAGUAGACCAGCUUUCUCAACUUUGCAGCAACAUUUCACACCUCGCAAGACGGGAAAAGCACCCACCUCGACUUUCUUGCACCCAGCUCCCAGUUCAGGACCUCAAACUCUGCCGCCUGAGAUCAGCAACCUUCAGACCGAAUUGUUGCAACUUCACCUGCUCCACCAGUCCUGCAACGACGUAUGCAGACAGUGGGAGCUCAGCGCAAAAAGGAGCUUUCGCACACGCUUCGAGGAAGUGGCAAGUCUGCACCAAACCAUGCUGGAGCACGAACGAGCCGGUCAAGAGCAAAAGAAUCUCCAGUCCCUCAUCGACUGGAGCACAGGCCGAUCCCCAACCGGACUGGCCGAACACAUCCAGGCACUCUCAGCGCCCCUGCAUGAACUCCCCUCGCUCGUCGAACCCGGCGGCCGCCUCCAAAGACAGGUCGCCGCGUUCGAGCACUGGAUCUCCUGGGUGCAAGACGUACGCCGUGCGCGACAAGACCCCACCACCGCCGCAACAACAACCGGCUCACGCACCAUCGAGGGUCUCGGCGACUCAUGGAAAUCGGAAAACACAAGCCUCGUGCGCAAGUUGGCGUCUUUUGCGCGCGCGCUGGAUACCCUCGACGCGGCGCCGCCCACGCCCGGAUCCAGUCUUGCGUGCAUUGUGCAGUCGUGCAAGGCGCUGAUGGCGGCUGCCUUGGAGGAACUGCAGCUCAUGCAUGUGAUUGAAGCCGAGUUGGUGGCUAAGGAGCAGGGUUGGGUUGAGGAGCGGUUGGGGAUGAUUGCGAGGGGGGUUGGGGGGUGUGAGGUGGAGGGGUGUGAUGAGGGUGCUGCGUGGCGGAAGUAA